GAGGUCGCUCACUUCCUCUCGCACGCCGCGGCGGCGACGGCAGCAGGUGCCAGUAAGGCCAGUGGGGAGUGGAGGCGCAGCCCGGCGGGUGGGACGCUCGGCCGGGCCCUGGCCCGCGCUCAACCGGCGCGAUGCUUUUCUCGCUCCGGGAGCUGGUGCAGUGGCUGGGCUUCGCUACCUUCGAGAUCUUUGUGCACCUGCUGGCCCUGUUGGUGUUCUCCGUGCUGCUGGCCCUGCGUGUGGACGGCCUGGCUCCCGGCCUCUCCUGGUGGAACGUGUUCGUGCCCUUCUUCGCUGCUGACGGGCUCAGUACCUACUUCACUACUAUCGUCUCCGUGCGCCUCUUCCAGGACGGAGAGAAGCGUCUGGCCGUGCUCCGCCUUUUCUGGGUCCUCACGGUUCUUAGCCUCAAGUUUGUCUUCGAGAUGUUGUUGUGCCAGAAGCUGGUGGAGCAGACUCGGGAGCUCUGGUUCGGCCUGAUCACUUCUCCGGUUUUCAUUCUCCUACAGCUGCUCAUGAUCCGCGCCUGCCGGGUCAACUAGCCUCGCAGAGGACAUGCUGGACCCCAACCUGAGGACCCACUUCUGCCGCAUCAGAGAAGUCUGGGUCUGAAAGCCAGCUUGUGUCCUGCUGAGUGCCCAGUUUUCUCUAUACAAAUCAUAUCUCAAAUUGUUUCCUCAGCAGGGCUAAAAAGAGCAGCCUUGAUCUUUAAAAUGUAUUCUCUCUUAUUUCAUGCUUUGAAUAGCUAAUCCUGAAUUGAGAUCCUAAGAAGGGCCCCAGGCCAGACAGUCCUGAACUCAUCUGACAGUUGGAAACUGCAUACAAGUAAAAUGUCCUGAUGGACUCUUGAGUAUUUUCAUGGAUCCUGGGAAAAUACCCCCAUGCAAAGGCUGCAAAGCUGGCCCCGGGGGGUCCUCUGGCCAGCAGCACUGACCUGAGAGCUAACUAACCCUAUCCCUUCAGACAAGACUUCCUUAGAUGCUUGAGCUCUAAAAAGUUGUAAACCAGCUUGUGUCUUCUCCUCUGUGCUACUGGGGAGGAGGGCCCUUUCUUCAUUCCAACCCAGGCAGACAGGAAUAUGUUGAAUAAGCAUGACUGGGACCCUAUCUGGAGAACUGUCGCUGGAGAAAAGAACUUGUUUUCAUGGUGCUGCUCGGCUUCCUGUCCCAGCAGUUUGCAGUAUCGCGACUUUCCACCACCUUGUGGCCGGCGCUGUUAGUGCACCUGAGACAGAUGUAGGCCUCCUUAAGGGACCAGAGAGGAACAGGUGCUCUGAUGCUCACAGGACUUGAGACCUACAAAUGAGAAGUUUGCAAAUGACUUCAGCCCACGUUAGUCAGCCUGAGGUCUUUGGUCUGAUGCCAGGCAGGUGCCAAAUGAGAACAUUUGCUGAGAUAAAAAUAAAAUAAGAGAAUGUUUUGCUGAAA